AGAGGGCUGUUUCCGGAAUUAUGGCGAGGUGUGGUCUGGGCCAGGAUCCCGAAAGCGCCGCUGCGGUCGCUGUGCUAAAGCGGGCGGUGGAACUAGAUUCGGAGUCGCGGUACCCGCAGGCUCUGGUGUGUUACCAGGAGGGGAUUGACCUGCUCCUGCAGGUUCUGAAAGGUGAGCAAUGAGCCGUGGAGGGAGGACCACAGGAAAAGGAGCUGGAUCCCGCGGUGUCUGCGGGCGGAGCGAAGGAUUUAAAAACCAUGCUUGGGCACCAGGAGGAAGCAGUCAGAUACAGAAGGCACCAAAGAUGAUACAAAGAAGUGUCAUCUCAGAAAAAAAAUUUCUGGCUACAUGGAUAGAGCAGAAAACAUAAAAAAAUACUUGGAUCAAGAAAAAGAAGAUGGAAAAUAUCACAAGCAAAUUAAAAUAGAAGAGAAUGCGACAGGUUUCAGUUAUGAGUCACUUUUUCAAGAAUACCUUAAUGAAACAGUUACAGAAGUUUGGAUAGAAGAUCCUUAUAUUAGACAUACUCAUCAGCUGUAUAACUUUCUUCGAUUUUGUGAGAUGCUUAUUAAGAAACCAUGUAAAGUAAAAACUAUUCAUCUUCUCACCUCUCUGGAUGAAGGCAGUAGGAGAGAACAGCAAAGUAGUGGCCUGAGAGAGAUAAAAGAGUCACUCAGGAAGCAUGGAGUGCUGUUGGAAUUAGAAUACUCUUCUUCAAUACAUGACCGAGAAAUUAGGUUCAACAAUGGAUGGAUGAUUAAGAUUGGAAGGGGACUUGAUUAUUUUAAGAAAGCACAGGGUCGUUUUUCCCUUGGAUAUUGCGAUUUUGAUUUAAGACCAUGUCAUGAAACAACAGUGGACAUUUUUCAUAACAAGCACACAAAAAAAAUAUGAUGGGUAGUAGUCUAAUUUCCAUUAUAUAUUUCUAUUUUAAGUGAACAUUAUAUAUUUUUUUACUUUGGAUAGAUCAUUCCUAUAAUGUAUGAAUUUAACAAUAAACUUUUACAUUUCUACUAA